GGGAAAACUCAGUUGUGUGUUCGUUAGCUGCCGUGUAACAUGCUUGGAUUAAACGACGAGAUAUUGAUUCUGACUUGGAUUAUAAUAAAAUGUGACUAGAACAUUCAUUUUAAAAAGCCCUCGAUGUGGUGGGUGUCUUCUUUUACCAUUAUUAUUUUAAUAUUUUAUCGAAUGAAGAUGAUUGAUACUGAUAGUUAGGCCUGAAGUCCAGUGAAGUCUUAAGUGUUAAAGUUAAAGACUAAAGACAAAGAUUAAAAUUUAAUUCAUAUAUUGUCAAUAUUGAUUAUAAAUUAUUGUCACAACACCGCGAACCACUGAAGAAAAGCUUGUUGGUCUUGAUGUUGAAUGAAAUGUCUGAUAUGUUAGCCACCUGAUUUCACUAACUUUACUCAUACAUUACUGUACUUUCCUUGUGUAUUCAACACCGCGAACCUUUCGUAAAGCUUGGCUUGGUCUUGAUGAAUGAUGUUGAAUCAUGAAAAGUCGACUAUUCGUCUCCUGAUUCCUCACUAACUUUAAAGUUCACUCUUUCACUACUAGAAAUUACUGUACUUUCCUGUCAUACUGUCAUAAAAAUACUAUUAAUAUAGUCAUUUAUAUCUUUGUCUUUGAAUUUAUUAUAAAUUAUUUUGGGCGAAAAAUCGGCAUUCGGCAUUAUUGCCAUUAUAACCAUUUAACAUUUUCUUCGUGACGUCUCUUACUUUAUGAUGAGACCUAAAUUCAAUGUGAGUUGAGUUGUGGUCAUUUCACUUAUUAAAACUAAAAUUUACUUACUUGGCGUGGGAAAAUUGAGGAUUUUUACUUGUCUUACUUUACUUAACUACAGUUGAGUGUAGGCAGUGUAGCAUAACACAACUUGACACAAGCCUUACAUACCUACAUUUACAUUGCCUACAAAUUGCACAAAUCACAAAUUAGAAAUAAUUUGUUGUAAUACAAAAUACUAUAUUGCCAUCGUUUGUUUAUCCAUUUUAUUAUUUUAAUAAAUAGUAGGCCUAAUUAGAUAUGCAUAAGUUUAAAAGUUAAAAACCAUACAUUAUGAUACAUUGACUUUAAGUUUAAGUAAAAACUUUGAGGCCCAAUUAUUAUUUUCGAAUGCCUAUUAUUUUUUGUAAAUUCAGAAUAUUAUGUAGCUGUAGCCUUAGUGCUCAUUGGAGGCCUAGGUGAGGUCUAAAUUCUAAGUAUUAUUAUUAUUAUUAAGAACUUACCUACUAAACUUUUCAGUUGGUGAGGUUUUUUUCAAUCAAUAAUCAGUGAUUUUUCAAUAAUUAACAAUCAUUAGCGUAACUAACUAAACUUUACAGUUAACAGUGUUAUUAAUUAGGACAUUUUUUAUUGUUUUAAAUUUACUUUAACAUUAACAGGAAUAUUGACAAUAAUUGUCUUAGUAUAUAUGGACCAAUAUGGUAUUAGCCCAGGCCCAGAUAUGCUGAGAGUGGGGUUUAGGGACUACUAUUCUAAAAAAAAACGGUAUUAGUAGGUAUAUUGCCGCAUAUACCUAUACUUUUAUUUAAUGUAUGAGUAUGAAUGACUAAAAGGUAUAAAUUAUUACAAUACUAUACUUAAUUUUAACUAUGGUAGGCAUAUGCACAUAGUCUAUACCACCCCUGCAAAACUUAAAAAAUCGCUAAUCAAUAUUUAGGAUAAAGACUUGUUUUAAUUUAAGUAAACAAGUACAAUUUUAAAAACUGUUUAUCUACUGGCUCUAGACUAAUUUUUUUUAGGAUAUAAAUAUCAUGACAUGCAUAAAUCAAAUAAACUAUUGGCACAACACUUUGUUAUACUAAUUAAACAAUAAUUUAAUGUGUGACAAAUGAUUUUUUAAAUAAAUUAAAUUUUUUAGAGUGAUCAGUAAAAUGUUAGCAGAUAUUUUUAUUAUGCUAUUGUUUUGUAAAAAAAAUAUAUAAAUAUGAUAACUUCUUCCUUUUUUCAAAAUCUUGUUUAGAUGCAUCUGCUAGGAGAGACAGGAAAUAAUUCUAAUGACAAUUCCACUAUGUCAACGCCUGCCAUAGAUAUUCGACUCAGAAGGCAGGCACCUGUGACAGGCAAGCCACCUCCAAAACUACGUCUUACUUCAAGGGCAUCAACAUUGAAACAGCAACAACCUGGUCAUCGUCAGCCACGCUCAAGCUCAUGGCAUCCUGACACUGCAACCUUCAGUUUGGCACCUGCAGCCACAAGUUCUCAAACACAGAGUACCUCUGAUUUCGAAAAUGGUAAUAGAAAUCGAGCUCAUUCCUAUAAUGGAAAUAAUGUUGUUAGUAACGCUGUCAGUGGUAACAGUAGACUUUUGAUUCAUCACCAAAGACAUAAUCUAAAGAAUAGAUUUCAGUUGUUAAAGACACUAGGUGAAGGAACCUACGGAAAAGUAAAGCUUGCGCGUGAUAAAGGAACAGGCGAGCAUGUGAGUAUUUUUUAACUGCCUCAUAUUUACACAUCUUACAAAAAAUUGACUUCCAUGUUUAAAGUUAACUUUACAAAGUUUUAAACUGCUGAUUUAGCUUGUUUAAGAACAACAAAAGAGAGUUUUCAGAAUCUAAAUCAGUAUUUAUUUUUUCUUUGAACUCUUUUCCACUUAAAAUUUAAGGCUACCAUUUCACCAUUCUAUUGUUUCUAAAGCUUGAUUUUUAAAAAAAUUAUAAAGAGGUUAAUUAUUUAACAUUAUGCAUGGAUGAAAGCGGUUUCAUAAAGUGAAUCAUUCACUAUGUUAAAAUUAUAUUCAGUUUGAAUUAAUUGUAUGUCUCUGUGAGUUGUACCAACAUGUUACAGUUAUUGAUUUUUCCCUUUAGGUUCUGUUGUUCUAAAAAUAGCUUUCAAGGCUGAUUUUUUUCAUAUGCCCAAUAACACAUUAGGGAAGCCAUUAUUAUGGAAUAAGCUUUCUCAAAAAUAUCUUCACACCUGUAACAGUAACCCUAUAAAACCCCAAAGAGUUGUCAGUAGGUUAAAAUAAGAUUUUAAAAUGAGCUUUAUUGUUUAUCCAACAUAUAAAGAGAACAUUUUCAAUUACAACAAAAAAUUCUUCUAUAUUUUCAGAUUAAGAUAUAAAUAGUUUUUGGACUUUAGAAUCACUGUGAUAUAGAUUAGUAUAUAAUAUUUACCCCCAAGAAAAGUUUUUAGAAAAGCAAACAUUAAAAUGUUGCAUGUCGAACUGGAACUAGAAAUAAAAGUGUUGUAUUGAACAGCUGCUGUCAGAUCAUGUUUCCAUUUGUAAAGGAAUGGUCCAGUGGUUUUAUUGAGAAAUUCAAAAUCUCCCUUUUAACUAGUUGCUCUAAUAGAGAAUCAUGUCAAUUGUGCUUGGGGCACUGCAAGAUAGGGAGGUCAUGGCAUUAGGUGCACUGUCAGAUAGGUGGGUCAUUGUGCUUGGUGCACUGUAAGAUAGGGAUGUCAUGGUAUUUGGUGCACUGUCAGAUGGGGAGGCCAUGGCAUUUGUGGUGGACUGUUAGAUAGGGAGGCCAUGGCUUUUGGUGUACUGUUUGAUAGUUGGAUCAUGGCAUUUAGUUCACUGUUAGGUGGGUCCUGGCAUUUGGUUCACUGUUAUUUAGGUGGGUCUUGGCAUUUAGUUCACUGUUAUUUAGGUGGGUCUUGGCAUUUAGUUCACUGUUAUUUAGGUGGGUCUUGGCAUUUAGUUCACUGUUAGUUAGGUGGGUCAUGGCAUUUAGUUCACUGUUAUUUAGGUGGGUCUUGGCAUUUAGUUCACUGUUAUUUAGGUGGGUCUUGGCAUUUAGUUCACUGUUAUUUAGGUAGGUCUUGGCAUUUAGUUCACUGUUAUUUAGGUGGGUCUUGGCAUUUAGUUCACUGUUAUUUAGGUGGGUCUUGGCAUUUGGUUCACUGUUAUUUAGGUGGGUCUUGGCAUGUAGUUCACUGUUAUGUAGGUGGGUCUUGGCAUUUAGUUCACUGUUAGUUAGGUGGGUCUUGGCAUUUAGUUCACUGUUAGGUGGGUCUUGGCAUUUAGUUCACUGUUAGUUAGGUGGGUCAUGGCAUUUAGUUCACUGUUAGUUAGGUGAGUCUUGGCAUUUAGUUCACUGUUAGUUAGGUGGGUCUUGGCAUUUAGUUCACUGUUAGUUAGGUAGGUCUUGGCAUUUAGUUCACUGUUAUUUAGGUGGGUCUUGGCAUUUAGUUCACUGUUAGUUAGGUGGGUCUUGGCAUUUAGUUCACUGUUAGUUAGGAGGGUCUUAGCAUUUAGUUCACUGUUAUUUAGGUGGGUCUUGGCAUUUAGUUCACUGUUAGUUAGGUGGGUCUUGGCAUUUAGUUCACUGUUAGUUAGGUGGGUCAUGGCAUUUAGUUCACUGUUAGUUAGGUGGGUCUUGGCAUUUAGUUCACUGUUAGGUGGGUCUUGGCAUUUAGUUCAUUCCCUCACAAAGUGGCACUGGAAAUCUGUGAAAUUUCCUCAUCAACACCAGGAACAGAAACAUUGCAAAUCCCAUCUACAUGCAUAGGAGCCAAAAUGAUCAAUAAAUUGAUCGUGGGCCCUUAAGAUAUAGAAGAAGAAGAAGAAGAAGUUCACUGUUAGUUAGGUGGGUCAUGGCAUUUAGUUCACUGUUAGUUAGGUGAGUCUUGGCAUUUAGUUCACUGUUAGUUAGGUGGGUCUUGGCAUUUAGUUCACUGUUAUUUAGGUGGGUCUUGGCAUUUAGUUCACUGUUAGUUAGGUGGGUCUUGGCAUUUAGUUCACUGUUAGUUAGGAGGGUCUUGGCAUUUAGUUCACUGUUAUUUAGGUGGGUCUUGGCAUUUAGUUCACUGUUAGUUAGGUGGGUCUUGGCAUUUAGUUCACUGUUAGUUUGGUAGGUCUUGGCGUUCAGUGCACUGCUAGCAGUGUCAUGUUUUGCUUGGUAUUGAAGAAAGAUGUUGUGCAGAGAACGUGUACAAUUGCCUCCUGUCAUAUUGUAAAGAACUUAAAUUAAUAUACUCACCAUUUCUUGUUUUGCGAUUCCUUUGACUUUAAUGAGAUUUUUUUUAAAGUUUAUAUAUUUAUAUAUUUAUAUAUAGGUCUAUAUGUGGAAAAUAUGAGGGUUUACUUGAAGAGUUUAGUUUUCUACAACUAUUUGCAGUUUUUAAAACAUGUCAAUGCUACCAUAUACCAAUGAACUUACAUGCAGUAGGAUCUAAGAAACAUAUGGGUUUUCAAUUCAAUGAGCAUUCUUACAAUAGAUGGGAAUAUGUGUCAGUGCUAUUUAUUGUGAUUUGGGAUAAUAAAGAAACACAAACUUUAUGUGUUUAUAUAGUUCAUUUGAAGUAUUAAGAAGAGAUAAUAAUAGAGUACAUUUUGUAUAGGUAUUACGAUGUAGGCCCAUGUUAUUUCCUAUCUCUCUCUCUCUAUCUUUGGCUACGGUCAACAGUACAUAAGUUUCUGUUUCUUUAAUUUAAUGUAUAUAUAAUACUAGGUCCUGUAAUGCUCCAACUGUCUGUAGGUAAACAGUUCAUUACUUUGGUAUGUUAACCUUUAAAACUAGCGGCGCCUAUUAAAGGGAAACCACUCAGCAUGUCCCGAUGCGUCAUAUUUCGCCAGUGGGACAAAUGCUAUUUAUAUUUAUUGUCCCCUAGAAACAGAAGAAUAAUGAAGUCCCUGGAGAGUCUACUUUCGCUAUUGACUUAGUUUGAUUAACAAAAUGCAUAGCAUUGGCGUGUUUUAAAUUCCAAUUUAGUAUUGCCAUAUGUGCCAUAUGAGUAAUUACUUUCCACUACGGUACCUAGCUCACAUAAUUUAAUUUAUCUAAACAAAGGCGCCCCCCCCCCUUUUUUUUUUGUACAACCCGUGCGAUAUAGUCGCUUUCAUUGACUUCAUUUUUAGACUAUAGACAUUAUCAAUAUGUUGAAUUUCAUACACUAUAUUUAUUCCUUGACAUUACGCAUGUUCUGAUGUCAUACUAGUUUCAUUGGACAAAGCCCAGUGGCGUGAAACAAGGAAGGACUGAGCACCUGUGCUGGUGUCUGCGAUUAUCGCAUUCCGAAAGUUACAUGACGUCAAAAUAUGAAUCAUCUUUGUUCGAUGACAUUCCGAGAGAUAAAAGCGCCACUGAAAGGCCAAGUUAUAAUGAUAGCGGACAUGACAGUGAGGAAACUUUAUCUGCUAUGUCUUAAUUCACUUAUCUCAAAGUCCUUAUAUCACGCGUUAAAUGAAGAGCCUCUUCAAAUUCUGUAAGUUUCUGCUGGAGAUAUUGCCAUGACAGACAGGCAUUUACAGUGAUGAGAGCAGCUGCUGGUAAAUGGGGAGGGGGGUGGGUUAGCGACCCGGGUAAAGUGGUUUAUUUAUAGGCUAACAUGAGACUAUACAGAAGACUCGUUAUGAGUGUACUCCUAUAAGGUAGUCAGAAGUAGAGUGAUUCAAGCAGUGGUGUCGUGUUGCCUCCAGGCCCCUGUUCUCAAACCGCCACCGUGGAACUGACAGUGGACCCGAUACGCUCCGAGAAUAUAUUAUGUUAAUUUCAGGUUCACCCAUUGUCAAAUUAUGAGUAUAGUUCUAUACGUCAUUUACCCCGCGGUCACGUGGUGUGUAAGAAAUGGUGGGCGUCACAAAGGAAAUCUCCGACACGUUGUAGUUAACGGGACGAUUGAAAGCGUAAUGCAUUUUGAGAAUGUCGAGUUUUGUGUGGAGACAUACGAGACAUAAAUGUGUACACUGAAGCAACCAUUUGUAUGUCAGCGUAAUUAUGGUGCACUGUUCGUGUGAAGUAAGUGUGAUUUGAACUCACGAAACACAGGCUGUGUCUGUGUGAGAGACCUUGGGCCAUUAUGCUAAUAAUGUGAUUUGGUCUUUGAUGGUCGGGGCAAAUGUGAAUGGGAGGUAAUUUAUGUGUCAGGUCUGGCGCACAGAUGGCGAGUUCACAGACAAUACCCCAUAUUGCCUAUCGCCAAUGCCCCCUAUGUUUGUUUUUUUAAACUUACUCUCUAAAUCUGCUUGUAUAAGAUUAGUUUUUGCUCAAAGCUCCCGAACAAUGAAUACAAUUUCAUCUCUUGUAUUGUGUGUGUACGGGGGAAACAUUCGAUACUCGCCAUUUGUCCUUUUCCGAAGGAAGAACCUCUACGGGAUGCUGCGAUUAUAGACUUUAAAAUAAUCCAAAAAAUCCUUGUCUAGACCAAAAUCAGAUACAGCAAUAGGAAGUUAACCAAAACUUUCAUGUUUUCUGAUGCUGUUGUAAAGUAGCCAAUCUCAUAGGAUUGACAAUGUUGUCUGAUGCUGUUGUAAACUAGCCAAUCUCAUAGGAUUGACAAUGUUGUCUGAUGCUGUUGUAAACUAGCCAAUCUCAUAGGAUUGACAAUGUUGUCUGAUGCUGUUGUAAACUAGCCAAUCUCAUAGGAUUGACAAUGUUGUCUGAUGCUGUUGUAAACUAGCCAAUCUCAUAGGAUUGACAAUGUUGUCUGAUGCUGUUGUAAACUAGCCAAUCUCAUAGGAUUGACAAUGUUGUCUGAUGCUGUUGUAAACUAGCCAAUCUCAUAGGAUUGACAAUGUUGUCUGAUGCUGUUGUAAACUAGCCAAUCUCAUAGGAUUGACAAUGUUGUCUGAUGCUGUUGUAAACUAGCCAAUCUCAUAGGAUUGACAAUGUUGUCUGAUGCUGUUGUAAACUAGCCAAUCUCAUAGGAUUGACAAUGUUGUCUGAUGCUGUUGUAAACUAGCCAAUCUCAUAGGAUUGACAAUGUUGUCUGAUGCUGUUGUAAACUAGCCAAUCUCAUAGGAUUGACAAUGUUGUCUGAUGCUGUUGUAAACUAGCCAAUCUCAUAGGAUUGACAAUGUUGUCUGAUGCUGUUGUAAACUAGCCAAUCUCAUAGGAUUGACAAUGUUGUCUGAUGCUGUUGUAAACUAGCCAAUCUCAUAGGAUUGACAAUGUUGUCUGAUGCUGUUGUAAACUAGCCAAUCUCAUAGGAUUGACAAUGUUGUCUGAUGCUGUUGUAAACUAGCCAAUCUCAUAGGAUUGACAAUGUUGUCUGAUGCUGUUGUAAACUAGCCAAUCUCAUAGGAUUGACAAUGUUGUCUGAUGCUGUUGUAAACUAGCCAAUCUCAUAGGAUUGACAAUGUUGUCUGAUGCUGUUGUAAACUAGCCAAUCUCAUAGGAUUGACAAUGUUGUCUGAUGCUGUUGUAAACUAGCCAAUCUCAUAGGAUUGACAAUGUUGUCUGAUGCUGUUGUAAACUAGCCAAUCUCAUAGGAUUGACAAUGUUGUCUGAUGCUGUUGUAAACUAGCCAAUCUCAUAGGAUUGACAAUGUUGUCUGAUGCUGUUGUAAACUAGCCAAUCUCAUAGGAUUGACAAUGUUGUCUGAUGCUGUUGUAAACUAGCCAAUCUCAUAGGAUUGACAAUGUUGUCUGAUGCUGUUGUAAACUAGCCAAUCUCAUAGGAUUGACAAUGUUGUGUGAUGCUGUUGUAAACUAGCCAAUCUCAUAGGAUUGACAAUGUUGUCUGAUGCUGUUGUAAACUAGCCAAUCUCAUAGGAUUGACAAUGUUGUCUGAUGCUGUUGUAAAGUAGCCAAUCUCAUAGGAUUGACAAUGUUGUCUGAUGCUGUUGUAAACUAGCCAAUCUCAUAGGAUUGACAAUGUUGUCUGAUGCUGUUGUAAACUAGCCAAUCUCAUAGGAUUGACAAUGUUGUCUGAUGCUGUUGUAAACUAGCCAAUCUCAUAGGAUUGACAAUGUUGUCUGAUGCUGUUGUAAACUAGCCAAUCUCAUAGGAUUGACAAUGUUGUCUGAUGCUGUUGUAAACUAGCCAAUCUCAUAGGAUUGACAAUGUUGUCUGAUGCUGUUGUAAACUAGCCAAUCUCAUAGGAUUGACAAUGUUGUCUGAUGCUGUUGUAAACUAGCCAAUCUCAUAGGAUUGACAAUGUUGUCUGAUGCUGUUGUAAACUAGCCAAUCUCAUAGGAUUGACAAUGUUGUCUGAUGCUGUUGUAAACUAGCCAAUCUCAUAGGAUUGACAAUGUUGUCUGAUGCUGUUGUAAACUAGCCAAUCUCAUAGGAUUGACAAUGUUGUCUGAUGCUGUUGUAAACUAGCCAAUCUCAUAGGAUUGACAAUGUUGUCUGAUGCUGUUGUAAACUAGCCAAUCUCAUAGGAUUGACAAUGUUGUCUGAUGCUGUUGUAAACUAGCCAAUCUCAUAGGAUUGACAAUGUUGUCUGAUGCUGUUGUAAACUAGCCAAUCUCAUAGGAUUGACAAUGUUGUCUGAUGCUGUUGUAAACUAGCCAAUCUCAUAGGAUUGACAAUGUUGUCUGAUGCUGUUGUAAACUAGCCAAUCUCAUAGGAUUGACAAUGUUGUCUGAUGCUGUUGUAAACUAGCCAAUCUCAUAGGAUUGACAAUGUUGUCUGAUGCUGUUGUAAACUAGCCAAUCUCAUAGGAUUGACAAUGUUGUCUGAUGCUGUUGUAAACUAGCCAAUCUCAUAGGAUUGACAAUGUUGUCUGAUGCUGUUGUAAACUAGCCAAUCUCAUAGGAUUGACAAUGUUGUCUGAUGCUGUUGUAAACUAGCCAAUCUCAUAGGAUUGACAAUGUUGUCUGAUGCUGUUGUAAACUAGCUAAUCUCAUAGGAUUGAAUACAUUUAAAUCUUGGUUAUAACGGCGGUGCUGAGACACCACUUAUCGUUUAGUUAUAACGGCGGUGCUGAGACACCACUUAUCGUCCUCAGUAGUAGAACCCACGUGUAAUUUUGGGAUGCAGCCUCAACUUGAACCUUCCGCUCAGUGGCGUAUACCUUGAUAAAAUGCUGCUUUGGACCAACUAACUCUCUAACGUGCGCCCCAAAACACAUACACACCAUUUAUAUAUAUAUAUAUAGAAAGUGUCGGCCUCUUGGCAGUACUUUAGGAUGGCCACCUCUUCCUCCUCGGAUCACACUCUCCGUUUCGGCCUCCUGUUCUUAAUGAAUGUUAAAUGAUUCACUUGGUUGAUGGUUGACUUGUCCUGAAAUAGGAUUUGGCCAAGGGAAAGAAAAUGCCGACGAGUCUAUUGUGGAUCCAUGGCACUAAAUCUUUGAUGUAGCGUUGUAAUGGGGUUUGUGGGGUGAGCACGGGAUGACGUUUGUUUAUUCCCGUGUACUUGACUUUAGUGAGCGUUCACGUGGAAAAGCAUUUUUUAUACAUUUCACUUUUUAGAUAAAGUAGCAACCGUAAACUGUAUGGAAAUUUCUGAUGGAAAUAUGUGCUUUGCUCAGCAUGACAUGUGGUCAUAAAGAUAUUUAUACCGAUACAGCGAGACUUUUAUAACGUUGCCCGAAUGUAUUCCACCCAGGAGGAUGGCGUGGCGAGGGAAAUGGGCUUCAUGUGUAUAGGUCUACGUUAAGUAACUGUUGAGAACAUUAAUGCUUCAUACGUGAUUCGCAAAACUUAUGAAUAGAAAAAAUGACAAGAAUGUUGCACGUGUUGCGUCAUUUCGACUGCAAUAAUGGCGCAGAGGACUGUACAUGGGCGUAGCCAAGGGGCGCAGAUGUCCCCGGGUGUCAGGUUUUUUUUUAGUAUCGAGUUGGUGGGAGCGUAAACUCCUAGGGUACACUCUAGCUACGCCUCUGUAACUGUACCCCACUUUAAAGAUAGAAAAAGUGUAGUAAGACGCCCACUCUGUUGAUAUAACCUGGUAUAAGAGCAUUCCGUCACGAUAUAAUUAAACUAAAAGCACAGAUCGAUGAAACAGUUGUCUAGAGUUAGUGCCCCCAGGGCGGGACAAACAUUUUUACCGCUCCCUUUCCAGGAAAAAAAAAACUUUGCAGUUGGCUGAAAUUGUCGCCCCAUAUAAAGAAAGAAGUAGCACCCUGGGUGGACCUCAGUACUCCCUUCAUACACAACUAUUAGGAAGAUUCUGCCCUGUCAGUUAAGCUAGAGGCCCACGUUUGUCACUACAAGAAUGAGUCACACUGUGUCGCCUUCCUGUAGUCGUCAGCUUGGCCUGCUUCCCCGUAAAUUAUUGCUAGAUCAUUUCUAAAUGUAACUCAUUACCUCAAGAAAGAUUCUAGUGCGGAAAUGAUGCAAUCCCCCUUAACAUUUUUUAAAAAAAUAUUGAAUUAAACUAUUUAUAGAUUUUAAUUUCUCUCUCAUGACCAUCACAUUACAACGCUGUAGUAUUCUGACCAAUUACUUGCAACUGUAAUAUUUAGGAUUCAACGUGGGUUUUAAAAUAAUGACUACAUUGAGAAGCUCUUUUUAAAGGAAAGUGUGUAUGUCUGUGUGUGUGUGAAAAAGGGGGGGGGUGGUGGAGUAAGCUGGUCUCUGUGGCGUAUUUGUUCAUAGAAAUGGUCGCUCUCAAAUAAUUAUACGCACACAGCAGUAACCGUACACCACAAUUCAUUAGAUGGAUACAAAAGUUCAAUAAGUGAUGAGGCCAUCAGACACCAAAAACAAGGCCGGAAAAAUUCCCCUAUGAUUUGACACCACAAUGGUAUGAAGAAAAAAAGGGUUGUGAAACAAUGGCCGUGUAGUGUCCACCACACGUUGUACCACUACUACCAGUUGUUUCCCUUUGUUGACGUCGUCUCCCCCAAACAAAGGUUUCUUUUAUUUCUGUGUAUGAGGCAACAGCGCCCCGACAGCGCUCCGACGUCAGCCAAGCGUGACUAAAAAUGUCACCGACUCUUCACUUACCUGCGUAUUUGAAUUCAAACCUAAAAAAAAAAAAAGGCCGCCCAAAUCUUUCGUUUCCGUUGUGACCAAAAAUAGCCGCUGUCAGUAUCUCAAGGGAUUAGAAUCCACCUGUGGUCCCACGCUCAUUAUUAUAAUAGGUGUAAGUAGUAUUUGCUCUACAAACAGGUUGUGGCAUCGGAAUGGGCUUUUUUUUUUUUUUUAAUUUUCGACUAAGGCUCUUCGACUCCAGACUCCCGUAUGUCAACUCCUCCACGUCUUCUUGGAUUAAUUACAUUCGUCAGUUCUUUCAUACGUUCGUCUUCUUGGAUUGAUUACAUUCGUCAGUUCUUUCAUACGUUGAAGCGUCGUACUAUUCUCACUAUCAAUUAACAAACUCAACUCCUUUUCAUAAUAACUAUAACUUUAAUAUCUAAGUAAAUAUAUUAAACAUCCUAUCACUCCAAGGUUCCACUCAAGACUGCUGCACUACUAAAACAUACGUCACAACACGGCAUAGACAAUACGUCACGACUCAGCAUAAAAAUACGUCAUAAAGACAAUGGCGGGAAGAGCGUUCACUAACUAUAAUAGUCAAGCGCGGGAAAAGCGUUCAACAACUAAUGAACAUAAUAUUGAGUCGCAACAAUUCCUAAUGAACGCUCAUACUCGACACCGUAGGUUCAUUUGUCUUGUGUAAAAAGCAACUACACGUAGGAAUGUCGUCAUUGUGAGUUUGUGCUCCAUGUUUUAUCCGUAGUCAAAGCUAUUGACGCGACUACGACAUUGGUCAACAGGAUUCGAUCCCAAUUCGCCUAUCGUGAUAUUAGCCGCCCUAUCUACGGGACUUCCAACAGCUGUGGAAUGUUAUUGGCAAUUUACAGCGGGUGUACUCGAGAAUGACGUUUACAAGUACGGACCUCAAAUCUUCCUGCCUACAUUCUUCUCAUAGGUUGUCCUCCGGCUCGGAGAAUCAUGAUAUGUUUGGACACUUAGUAGUGGUGGGGCUGGAAUGGCGGUCCCGAAGGCUUACAUGGUGAUUGUGGAUUAGAUUAUGUGAGGCCCACGACUCUAGUUAAAUGUUGAAAGUGGAGCGUCUCGUUGUGACGUGUUGUUCUUGUAGACGAAUUGCUUGUUAUGUUUGCUCUGUAAGGUCGGGAAUAACCAAGUGGAGCAUUCAUUAACUCUGGCGUCUAGUUACCACUGUUUGGGGUAACAAUGAUGAAUAGGAACGAGUAUGGCGCUAGGACAGUUUGGUGCUAGGACAGUAUGGCGUUAGCAUGGCACCAGGAUAGUGUCCUUUGAUGGAUCCACAUAUCCAGUUUUGAGUAUAAAAUUGUCUAAAUAUUUGUUGUUGCUGCUGCUACGAAUUUUUAGAUGAAAAAAAAAAAGCUACAUUCGAUCUAACAUAAUUAGUUGAGUUGAUGUUAGUUUAGACACGGUAAUAACUGUGUAUAAGAAUUUAACAUAGGCACUGGCCAAAGUCUCAACUCAUCCUAUCCACCAAAUGGUGUUGAUGGCCGCCAGCAGACCACGAGGCACUGGCCAAAGUCUCAACUCAUCCUAUCCACCAAAUGGUGUUGAUGGCCGCCAGCAGACCACGAGGUGCUCAUCAGGCGGUGCUUCCCUAAACUUAAAUGGAAAAACAACAGCUGCACUCCAUCUUCUCAGCUGAUUGGACGCUGAUUCAAUUGUCGUUUACUGUUCCAGGGUUCAUCACUCCACGCUGAUAGCGGUCCCCCCCCCCCCUUUUUUUUUUUCUCAUCAACGGAAGCUUUUCACAGGGAGGCACUUUCCUUGACCUUAAAUUAUAUUAUAGAAUUAUUUUUUUUUAAUUUCCCCGAAUUUAGAAUACAAAGUAUAUUUUUAUGUACGCGCAAGAUAUAAUUACAUGUACAUUCAAAAUACGCCUUUAAUUAGUUCUCAUGGAUGCAACAAAUAAAUAAAUAAUUUAAUGAAAUUACUCAAGUAAAGUUGAAUUGUCCCCAAGUACAAAUGUAUUAUUGACGUGCACCCCUCGUAUUUGAAAUGCAUUCCUAUGAAACUUAUGUGUCAAUAAACCAACUAUUCUAUAUAUUUUGUCACCUUCAGUAGACUGCCAAGUUAACCAGUCCAAUUGUAUUGAUGUAUUUUGUCACCUUCAGUAGACUGCCAAGUUAACCAGUCCAAUUGUAUUGAUGUAUUUUGUCACCUUCAGUAGACUGCCAAGUUAACCAGUCCAAUUGUAUUGAUGUAUUUUGUCACCUUCAGUAGAUUGACAAGUAAAACAGUGCAAUUGUAUUGGUGUAUUUUGUCACCUUCAGUAGACUGCCAAGUUAACCAGUCCAAUUGUAUUGAUGUAUUUUGUCACCUUCAGUAGACUGCCAAGUUAAACAGUCCAAUUGUAAUGAUGUAUUUUGUCACCUUCAGUAGCCUGCCAAGUUAAACAGUCCAAUUGUAUUGAUGUAUUUUGUCACCUUCAGUAGACUGCCAAGUUAAACAGUCCAAUUGUAUUGAUGUAUUUAGUAGACUGGCCCAAUCGUAUUGAUGUAUUUUGGCACCUUUACCAGAGGAUCAUGUCUGACACCCAAACAUUUCAGAAUUAAUCCCGUUGAAAAAAAAAGACGCGGUUGAUACAGUGCCUGAGCUAAUAUCAUUGGGUCAGUAGUGGUCAGCAGGUUGUAACUAGUUCACCUUAUAUAUAGACUUGCGUUACCUUCCUAACAUCAGCACCGUAAAAAAGAAAAGUGUUACGUAAAUUUAGCCUGAGGAUAGGAUUAAUUAUAUCCUUAGUCAACUCGACGUAACUCUUAAUUCGGUCAGUGGGUUGCCUCCCCCACCCCCCACUCAUCUUAUAUUUCAAAUGCAUGAGAUCGUCUCGAUUACCACUAGACUUAGCUAAUCUAUAAAACUGUCAAAACACCGAUGUAUCAUUAUUGAUUGAUGGACAGACACCGAGACGAUCAUCCUCAUCAAAAAAAGAAAGGGCAAAAAAAGCCACUAACGACCCCUAUUGCACAAACAGGCCCGCUGAUUUUGGUUAUUGAAAAGCUGAUCUGGUCAGUGUUAAACAGCCGAUACAACACCCUACUCCCCGAGUGCUAGCUGAUACAACACCCUGCCCUACCCCCUGAGUGCUAGCUGAUACAACAUCCUACACCCCGAGUGCUCAACUUCAACAAAACUGGUUUCCCAAAUAAAGUGUUUUAAUUGUCAAGUAUAACUGUAACAUUAGACCAGUGUCACCAUGGCGACCGCGUCAGCCCACAAGCUCCCUGCACCAUUAAUCCCAGACUACGGCCACAGAAAGCUGUUUUCUCCCCACUGGCCGGCCCCCUUUGAACCUGGUGGUCAGUUUGUUUAGGCACGACUUUAAUCUGAGGCUGGGUCCCCCGAGGGAGGAACUCGGUCGUGUAUUCGUCUACUGUCUUUGGCUGCUUUGUGGCCUUCUCUGGUGGCGCACAUGUUUGCCGCAGUUUGGCUUUGGAUGGUUUUAGCUGGAGAGUAGGGGCUCUGUGGUGUCUUGGACUUGUUUGAGCCACAUGCUCAUGACAUGUGAGGUACUGAAGGUUUUGUCGGUGGUCCCCUUGGCUCUGUGGUGUCUUGAACGUGUUUGAGCCACACAAUCCAUGACUUGUGAGGUACUGAAGGUUUGUCAGUGGUCCCCUUGGCUAUGUGGUGUCUUGGACUUGUUUGAGCCAAGUGUUUUUUGGGGGGCCCCACACCGUGAGGAUGGCUGUUACAAAGGGAUUAAACGCUUGACUUUAAGUUUCGCGAUGUAAAUAAAUAUUAUUGAUUCAGAAAUAACAGCCGCAUAACUGAAACCCAAUUUAUUUUGAGUGACCGGUUCAUUUUGUUUAACAAGGUUAGGCAAUAACUGAAAUAUACAAAUAUUAGAAAAUAAUUUUACAUUGACAUUUAACGUGUAAUGUUUCAACAACAAACUAUUUGAGGAUUCGAGUUACACCAACUAAAACAUGUGGCUGUUGAGCCGUCCUGUAAGAAGAAGAAAUCAACCUAAACUGAAAGUAUGAAUGACAAUAAUCUACAUAGAUCUAAUCUGUGGUUGCUAACUAAUCAAAUCUCUCAUGAUAUUCUUUGCAUCGGAGCCCAUUUUUUUUUUCUAGAUUAGAUCAGAUUAGUUACUUAGAAUUACUAAGAUUAGUCCUAAUGUCUUUAAGGUUUUUCGUUGUUGAAUUGCAUCUAUUGAAGGUGCACUUUCCUUGUUUUACAUCUAAUGAAGGUGCACUUUCGUUUUUUUACAUCUAAUUAAGGUGCACUUUCCUUGUUUUGCAUCUUAGGAAGGUGCACUUUCCUUGUUUUGUUUCUAAUGAAGUUAAAACGUUGUUGUUUUGUUUUAGUCCCAGCUUAACAUAUCGUGUGCUUCAUGGAACAUUUGUCCAUUGAUCAUACUACAACCCAGCUCAUGCUAGUGGUCAGGUGUGUUUGGUCAUCGAUGUCCUAUCAUUGGAGCUUUUUUUUUUCAUUUGUUUGGGGGUGGGGGGGGGUCGUCCCCACCGUCUGUUCCAAUAUUUGUUGAGGAGACAAACUUGUGGACCAAGAACGCAGCUCUUCAGUACUUCUAGUCCUUUGGUCUAUGACCUGUUAAGCAGAGCGUGCAGUUUGAGGCGAUACCAUCUGUAACUCAUUCCACCAGCAAUGUUAUGUAACCGUGCAGGCCGCCAUUGCGCCGUACGUCCCAUGAUUUACAUAGUUUACCCAGCCGCCCCUUCUGUGCCACAUCUGGCCUAGCUAGAAACAAUGUUUUAUGAGGCUUUGUCGUCGCACAGAUAUGACAAGAGUCGGCUAUGACAUUUUUUCGUAGUACAGAUAUUAUCAGAGUCGACCAUGACAUUGUUUAUUGGUACAAAUAUUAACAGAGUCGGCUGUGCCAUUGUUCACAUCAAUACAUUUGUUUAUGGGAGAUGUAUGGAUUGUGUAACCUGUCAAAGAUUGGCUUACUUGUGUUCUCUUUACGCACAUGGGGCUGGUUAGAGGAGGAGGAGUUGAUCGUCAAGGAAUCAACCCGCUAUCACUUUUGUUUGAUGAAAGUUGAUUUAACAAUAAAAUGUUGCCAUAUUUUGUUUUUCCUGAUUUUGAAAGAUUUAAUCAUUUUACCGGAUUUUUUCCUGUUGUAUACGUCAUAAAAUAAUGUGAAUUUCGAUAUAAUUCUGUCAGCGAUUUAAAAUCCAGGAUAUAAAGUUGUAAAAUUGACAUAAAACUUAUGGUUACAUUUUGUCUUCCCCCCGUCCCUAAAAAAAAGAAAACAUUUUUUAAAGAUUUAUUUAUUUUUUUUUUUUUAAUGCCAGAACCAUUGGUCCUAUAUAAUAACUAGUGGUUUUUUGUUUUUUUGUUUGUUUUUUUUUAGCUAAUUAAUCAGAUUACUUACAAUACCAUCAUUUCCUCCCAUUUAUUUUCUAAAAGUCCGCUUAAACUAUUUGCAAUAAAUCCUAAUUUCCGAGCUCUACGCAUAUGCUGUCUGAUGCGUUUAAAGACUCCAUCACGGGCUGGCCAAUCCGGUUUCGUACUGAUGGAUCAGUAUUUAACCUUAGGAGGCUUCAAGCUAAAACCAAGGUCAAACAUACCACGAUCAACGAGCUUCUGUUUGCAGACGAUUGUGCCCUCAGCCAUCAACGCUCCCUCAAAAGCCGUCACGCAACACAGGGUUGAUAUCUUCUCUGAGGCCUGCAAUAACUUUGGGCUCACAAUGAACACAAAGAAGACUGAGGUGAUGUAUCAGCCAGCUCCCAGUAACCCCUACGUUGAACCCAACAUCAUCAUUAGUGGGCAGCACCCUCUCUAGAUCUGUCGUCAUGGAUGAUGAAAUGAAUGGCAGACUCGCAAAAGCUAGUGCCCUAUUUGGCAGGCUCCGCAGCACUGUUUGGGACAGGAGAGGUAUCAGACGAGAAACAAAGCUCAAGGUCUAUAGCGCAACAGUCCUCUAUGCUCUAUGGAUGUGAAACGUCGACAGUCUACCAGCGUCAUGCCAAGAAACUGAAUUAUUUUCACACUACCUGCCUCAGGAAACUCCUCGACAUCAGGUGGCAAGACAAAGUCCCCGACACCGAGGUCCUCGCUAGCGCGAACCUACCUAGUAUCUUCACCACUCUGAUGCAGUCUCAGCUCCGUUGGAUGGGACGCGUAGCCCGUAUGGCAGAUCACCGGCUCCCGAAACAAUUACUCUUCGGAGAACUCACGUUAGGCAAGCGCUCACAAAGAGGUAAAAAAAAAAGCGUUACAAAGACUCACUGAAAGUGGCACUAAAGGCCUUCAGCAUAAACCCUAUACUCAAUGGGUGCAGACAGCCCAGGACAGAGCCAGGUGGAGAGCUGCUGUCAAGAAGGGGGCUAAAUCCCAUGAAGCUAAUAGAAUAACCGCAAUUGAGACACGCAGGCUUGUCCGAAAGAGCAACAUUAGGUCACCGUCUGAAGCAACUAUUCCAUGCCCACGGUGUCAUAGAUUAUUCCGAGCAAGGAUCGGUCUAGCAAGCCACCUACGAGCUCACCGUAAUCCCAACCUCCCCCUAACCGGAUGAUUCGAUGGUCCUAGUCGACUUCGACGGACGAACAACAAUAUAUAUAUAUUUAUAUAUAUAUAUAUAUAUAUAUUAUAAGAAACUUUAUAAAAUAUACAUUCACUAAUAAUAAUAGUCCUACUAACGUUGCUGAAAAUGUACGCACGCUUGGUGAGACCGAGAUUUCAGGGAUCACUAUUUCUUUCUUUUGAAAUGUGAAGUUACGCAUCAGUGAGAAUGCACCUAUGUUUAGCAAGUCACACAUAAUAUUCAUGGGACCGGGUAAACGCACAGCAAAGUCGCGUAAACGUUUGAAUUCACCACCACUACGAGUCUGACAGCACAGAAUGGAAAAUAUUCACUGCGCCGUUUCUGUGUUUGUAUGAAGAGAACUGAAGGCACUUCCUGGGUCAAUACAACUCUUAGUUUAAUAUGCUGAAAUAACUAUUUGUGGACCCGUGUACACACGUCCUGGGGGUAAUACGCUUACUUAACUGUAUGGCCCUGUAUUCUAAACUCCUGGGGGUAAUAUGCUUACAUAACUGUAUGGCCCUGUAUACUAAACUCCUGGGGGUAAUAUGCUUACAUAACUGUAUGGAUCUGUUUACUCAUCUCUUGGGGUAAUAUGCUUAAUACAUAAAUAUAUGGGCCUGUUUGUACAACUCCUGGGGGUAAUAUGCUUACAUAACUGUAUGGAUCUGUUUACUCAUCUCUUGGGGUAAUAUGCUUAAUACAUAAAUAUAUGGGCCUGUUUGUACACCUCCUGGGGGUAAUAUGCUUAAUACAUAAAUAUAUGGGCCUGUUUGUACACCUCCUGGGGGUAAUAUGCUUAAUACAUAAAUAUAUGGGCCUGUUUGUACACCUCCUGGGGGUAAUACGCGUACAUAACUAUAAGGACCUGUGUGAACAACUCCUGGGUGUAAUAUGCUUACUUAAGUAUAUGGGUCUGUGUGUAAAACUCCUGGGAGUAAUUAACUAAAUAAUUAAAUGGGCAUGUGUAGACAUCUCCUCGGGAUAAUGUGCUUAUAUAACUAUAUGGACAUGUGAUCACAACACAUGGGAGAUACUAUGGUUACAUGACUAUCUUGUAAUAUUGGUAUUUGUCUGUAUGGAUCUAUGUACACUUACCGGAUGCAGUUCUUGUGAACAAAUCCCGGUUUGUUUAAAUAGUACACCCGUCAAGUAGUAUGGCUGUUGUGAUAAAUUGGAUAUAUUAGAUUGCACAAAAACUCCUUCCGUAAUUUACUGGGAAAGAGUGUAAAGAAUACUAAAAGGGACACAAUUGCAUAUUCUGAAAAUGCAAGGCUGUUCCAAAUGUUGUUGUUCUUCUUAAUGUUAAUUUAUCAGUGUUCAAGAACGUCUGCACAGGAUGAUUUCGUCUCGUAUUGACAGCACCAACAGUUAUGUAAGCGUAUUACCCCCAGCACGUAUUGACAGCACCAACAGUUAUGUAAGCGUAUUACCCCCAGCACGUAUUGACAGCACCAACAGUUAUGUAAGCGUAUUACCCCCAGCACGUAUUGACAGUGCCAACAGUUAUGUAAGCGUAUUACCCCCAGCACGUAUUGACAGUGCCAACAGUUAUGUAAGCGUAUUACCCCCAGCACGUAUUGACAGUGCCAACAGUUAUGUAAGCGUAUUACCCCCAGCACGUAUUGACAGUGCCAACAGUUAUGUAAGCGUAUUACCCCCAGCACGUAUUGACAGUGCCAACAGUUAUGUAAGCGUAUUACCCCCAGCACGUAUUGACAGUGCCAACAGUUAUGUAAGCGUAUUACCCCCAGCACGUAUUGACAGUGCCAACAGUUAUGUAAGCGUAUUACCCCCAGCACGUAUUGACAGUGCCAACAGUUAUGUAAGCGUAUUACCCCCAGCACGUAUUGACAGUGCCAACAGUUAUGUAAGCGUAUUACCCCCAGCACGUAUUGACAGUGCCAACAGUUAUGUAAGCGUAUUACCCCCAGCACGUAUUGACAGUGCCAACAGUUAUGUAAGCGUAUUACCCCCAGCACGUAUUGACAGUGCCAACAGUUAUGUAAGCGUAUUACCCCCAGCACGUAUUGACAGUGCCAACAGUUAUGUAAGCGUAUUACCCCCAGCACGUAUUGACAGUGCCAACAGUUAUGUAAGCGUAUUACCCCCAGCACGUAUUGACAGUGCCAACAGUUAUGUAAGCGUAUUACCCCCAGCACGUAUUGACAGUGCCAACAGUUAUGUAAGCGUAUUACCCCCAGCACGUAUUGACAGUACCAACAGUUAUGUAAGCGUAUUACCCCCAGCACGUAUUGACAGCACCAACAGUUAUGUAAGCGUAUUACCCCCAGCACGUAUUGACCGUACCAUUGGAAUAAGCUUUUUUGUCAAAAGUCACAAGAGUAAAAUCUCUUUUUGAACAUAUUUGGACAACAUGUGACCGAAGUCUGGAAUCGGAUUAAUUUGGAAAGCAUCUAAUGGGUGAACCGUCCCCCCCCUCCCCAAAUCUAUCUGCAUUCAUUACUUGGCUAAACGAAACUAAUAUUUUUAAAAAUCCCAAAACGUCUGGCCUGGUUGUGUUCGUUUUUUGGUUGUUUUUUUUUUUUUUGGUUUUCUAAAACUUGAAUUGUAUAAAAUGAUAAGGGGCUACCAUUGUACAGUACAGAUACUACUACACCCGAACUGCUGCAUGUAGGAUUCCACCAACUGUGGACACAGUCUCUUCUUAAUGACCCGGCUCAGCCUUCUAAUUGGCGGGUGUUUGACUGAGUGACGUACAUCGGGUAUUUAAUGGGCCCGUGUUGCCCUUCGUGGCUCUUGCUUACUUUAAAAGUCUGAAGAUGGAGGGGGGGGGGGGGGGGAGAUAUUAAAAAAAAUAGUUUCCAAUUAUACCGGUAAAAGGGAGUGCUUUUAUCAGGGAUGCUACCUGGAAUGCCGAGUAUUCCGACGUGGCCAUCAACCUGUUUACCGUUUUAAUCUGAGCGUAAUGGCCUGUACUCACACUCAGGCAGAGUGGCGUACUCACACUCAGGCAGAGCGGCGUAAACAAAAUGCUAACCUCCAUUUCUUGGCGACGAUGGUUUGCAAUGGACGAGGUUUCUCUCAGAACACACCAACCCGGAAACAAAACAUAACAAAACAAAAAUAGUCUGGCAAUUCAACCGUUGAUAAAACUGAAGAUGUUUUCAAACUGAAUAUUUCUAAACCGAAGAUGGCAUUAACCUGAAGAUGGCAUUAAAAUGAAGAUGUCAUUAAACAUGAAGAUGUCAUUAAACUGAAGAUGGCAUUAAACUGAACAUGUCUUUUAACUGAAGAUGUCUUUUAACUGAAGAUGCCUUUUAACUGAAGAUGUCAUUAAACUGAAGAUGUCAUUUAACUGAACAUAUCUUUUAACUGAAGAUGUCAUUAAACGGAGCGCGUCAUUCACUGCAUACCGCAAAGCCUAGUUAGAUCCCACUACCGAUAAAUAAGAUGACGGUCAACGUGUAGUGCGGCCACAUCGUUCUCCAGAGAAGUGGUCGGCAACCCAUUGGUACGAUCGUCCUAACUUUGGAUGUCCAACUCCAUCAUUGUGCCAAGCAGGUGCGUCUAUCAAACACCUAUAUACUUCUACCAAAAAUCUCUAUUUCUAACAAACAUAUGUCUAGCAAACACCUAUACGUCUACCCAACUCCUAUAGGUCUACUAAACACAUAUAGGUCUACCAAACACAUAUAGGUCUACCAAACACCUAUAGCUCUAACAUACACCUAUAUGUCUACCAAACAGUAUUUAGACUGUAUCCGCUUGAAGUACUUUUGGCAGUUAUUAUGUAUACUGUUAUUUAGACUGUAUCCGCUUGAAGUACUUGUGGCAGUUAUUAUGUAUACUGUUAUUUAGUUUGUAUCCGCUUGAAGUACUUGUGGCAGUUAUUAUGUAUACUGUUAUUUAGACUGUAUCCGCUUGAAGUUCUUGUGGCAGUUAUUAUGUAUACUGUUAUUUAGACUGUAUCCGCUUGAAGUACUUGUGGCAGUUAUUAUGUAUACUGUUAUUUAGACUGUAUCCGCUUGAAGUACUUGUGGCAGUUAUUAUGUAUACUGUUAUUUAGACUGUAUCCGCUUGAAGUACUUGUGGCAGUUAUUAUGUAUACUGUUAUUUAGACUGUAUCUGCUUGAAGUACUUGUGGCAGUUAUUAUGUAUACUGUUAUUUAGACUGUAUCCGCUUGAAGUACUUGUGGCAAUUAUUAUGUAUACUGUUAUUUAGACUGUAUCCGCUUGAAGUACUUGUGGCAGUUAUUAUGUAUACUGUUAUUUAGACUGUAUCCGCUUGAAGUACUUGUGGCAGUUAUUAUGUAUACUGUUAUUUAGACUGUAUCCGCUUGAAGUACUUGUGGCAGUUAUUAUGUAUACUGUUAUUUAGACUGUAUCCGCUUGAAGUACUUGUGGCAGUUAUUAUGUAUACUGUUAUUUAGACUGUAUCCGCUUGAAGUACUUGUGGCAGUUAUUAUGUAUACUGUUAUUUAGACUGUAUCUGCUUGAAGUACUUGUGGCAGUUAUUAUGUAUACUGUUAUUUAGACUGUAUCCGCUUGAAGUACUUGUGGCAGUUAUUAUGUAUACUGUUAUUUAGACUGUAUAUGUGUCAAUGUUUACAACGCCAGUCUUAGCGCCAUUUAUGUUAUCUAUGCAUGCGUAAUUAUCUGUUCCAUAGAUAUGAACCAAAACAGAAGUAAUUCCUGAUUACUGCCCUCUGUAGGGCAUCAUGCACAAUGUGGCUGCUGAUUAUAUAGGUUUGGUCUUUAAUGUUUGAUAGUCCCGGAAAUCUGAAUAUUGGCACCUUAUUCCCAUUUUAACAUCUGUCUACACUUCUCAUUACAUAGCAAUGAAAUAUAUUUUGCUCUGGUAAAAACGUAUACAUGAUAAAUGAAGUUACCUAAAUCUGAACGCAUAGAUGUUUAAUGUUUAAUUAGAUUUUUAAGUGAUUUUUUUUUUAUAGUUGUAUCCGCACGCCUUUUCGUCAGGCCAGCCAUUAUAAUGGGAUAUUUUUAUAGUUAAACUUUGUAGGCCACUUCAUCUAGCCACCAGCUUAACCCCAUGUCAUCCCCUUGUAGCCCCCUUUAAAGACCCAGUUUGUCCUGUCAUCAAAUUGGUGCGACACGAAAGCGGUAGUCGUUGGUUACGGUCCAAUCUGAAAUCCGUGUUGGCGCAUGCACACAACAAGAUUAUAAGCUUACCAUGUCUCGCCUUUAGUCACGCUGUACGUACAGGUACUUAUGGGUGCAAGUUAUAGAUAUGAUCCUGUGUUUAAUGAGAUAUUUAGUGCGUACAUGUCAAAUGGCAUUAAGAACUCUUUUGUUCGUCUCUUCUUGUAAAUGAAGCUGUUUCGACAAUAACAAAAUUUUUUUUUUUUUUUUUUAAAUUUAUCGCCUAAUCCAAUUUNCUUAUGGGUGCAAGUUAUAGAUAUGAUCCUGUGUUUAAUGAGAUAUUUAGUGCGUACAUGUCAAAUGGCAUUAAGAACUCUUUUGUUCGUCUCUUCUUGUAAAUGAAGUUGUUUCGACAAUAACAAAAUUUUUUUUUUUUUUUUUUUAAAUUUAUCGCCUAAUCCAAUUUCUCCCUUCUGUUCAGGCAAUAGAAUUUCUUUCGCUGCUUCUUUGUUUUCGUUUUUAAUUAUAUAAAAAAAAAAGAUUCUAAAGACCUCCACACUAUCUGAAACAAAUGGUAAUGAAAGCUGUACAAGUAAGACUGUGACAUGUGCAGUACAAGGUGUACUCAAGUGGUGUACAUUUCUAUGAUGGCCGAUGCCCUCAUCUUGGGGCAUAAAUCUUAUUCCGUGUGUUGUUAAAGUCUUAUCUGACACUUGAUAUCUGCAGAGGUAUAUGUCUUGAUCCAUUGGUAUAGAGAUCUCAACCAGCGAUAUGUGUCGUGAUCCAUUGGUAAAGAGCUCUCAUCCAGUGGCACGUGUCUUAAUCCAUUGGUAUAGACCACUCAUCCAAUGGUACGUGUCUUAAUGCAUUGGUAUAGACCUCUCAUCUGGUGGUACGUGUCUUAAUCCAUUGGUAUAGACCUCUCAUCUGGUGGUACGUGUCUUAUUCCAUUUGUAUAGACUUCUCAUCUGGUGGUACGUGUCUUAUUCCAUUUGUAUAGACUUCUCAUCCAGGGGUACAUGUGUAAAUCCAUUGGUAUAGACCUCUCAUCCGGUGGUACGUGUCUUAAUCCAUUGGUAAAGACCUCUCAUCCAGUGGUAAGUCCCUUAAUCCUGUGGUGUAUCUCUUCAUCCAUUAAAUUAAGCAGGUGCCACGUCCAUUGUUAUUUCCCCAUACCCAGUGAUACUUGCUCUUCUGCAUUCAUUGUAGAGAAGAGCGUUGCAGCUCACGCCCAUCGGGCAAUGGCUACUCUGAACGAUGUUCUCAGAAGCCUACAUCAACAGCUGUGGGCAUUUAUCCUCUGUACGAAACCCUCUUCCGCUCUGCCCCCCGUUUCCUGUGAAGUGUUCCUACGUAGUUCUGUGGAUGCACCCGUUCUUUCAAAAAAAAGAUCUCAUUGACAAUUUUCCCGUUAGCUUCCCGCAGGCGGGGAAUGGCGUGCCAGAGUUUGCCACAUGUACGCCGUCACAUGGCAGGCCUGACUAAUGAACGCUCCACUAACUCACACACAGGGCAGGCCUAACUAAUGAGUGCCUCACUAACGCACACACAUGGACACGUGUGGAGCUGGGAUGAGCAUGUCUGUGUGUAGGAGAGAGUAGAAACUUAGAUUUGAGAAGGAGUGAGAGGGGGAAAAGGUGGGGGAGGGAAGGAACCGGAGAGGGGAGUGCUGGGUAAGGUGGGUUAGAAAGGAUGAAUGGGUCUUAGUUGUCGUCUGCACUAAGUUAAUGUCUGGAAUCUCGUGUAGGACUGGGAAGAGUAUAGAUAUAGACAUUCCUUUAGUCAUGUCGGCAAGCACGCGGCCCUCUUGUUGAUCUUAUUGAAGAAUUGGAAACCAACUUGUACUUCAAGUUGAGAGACUCUACUCAAUGUUUGUAUAACUAUUCAGCUGUUUUCUACACGUGUCUCGGGUGGUCACAGAUGUCCAAGUCAAGAACAACACAAGACACAAAAUCUCUAAAUAGCUAUACUGUGUCAGCAGCAGCACUAGUUAUACUGUGUCAGCAGCAGCACUAGCUAUACUGUGUCAGCAGCAGCACUAGUUAUACUGUGUCAGCAGCAGCACAUAGCUAUACUGUGUCAGCAGCAGCACUAGCUAUACUGUGUCAGCAGCAGCACUAGUUAUACUGUGUCAGCAGCAGCACUAGUUAUACUGUGUCAGCAGCAGCACAUAGCUAUACUGUGUCAGCAGCACUAGCUAUACUGUGUCAGCAGCAGCACUAGCUAUACUGUGUCAGCAGCAGCACAUAGCUAUACUGUGUCAGCAGCAGCACAUAGCUAUACUGUGUCAGCAGCAGCACUAGCUAUACUGUGUCAGCAGCAGCACUAGUUAUACUGUGUCAGCAGCAGCACUAGCUAUACUGUGUCAGCAGCAGCACUAGUUAUACUGUGUCAGCAGCAGCACAUAGCUAUACUGUGUCAGCAGCAGCACUAGUUAUACUGUGUCAGCAGCAGCACAUAGCUAUACUGUGUCAGCAGCAGCACUAGCUAUACUGUGUCAGCAGCAGCACUAGCUAUACUGUGUCAGCAGCAGCACUAGCUAUACUGUGUCAGCAGCAGCACAUAGCUAUACUGUGUCAGCAGCAGCACUAGCUAUACUGUGUCAGCAGCAGCACUAGUUAUACUGUGUCAGCAUCAACAUUCAAAUCUCCAGAGUUAGAUUUAAUCAAAAUGAACCGAAAUAUUGAGAUUCACUUUUUAAACCGUGUUCUGAACAUUGACCGCCUCCAUGUUUAGUUAUCAGCAGUUCGUCUAGUUCGAGCAUUACCUUGAUUACCAAACGAAUUAAACCUAACCGUAACAUAGAGAGAGGUGCCUGCUAUUUUUCCAAGUAUGAAAUAGUUUUGUUAAAAUUCUUCUCUUGUCAAACAUGAAACAGGAAGGGCAUUUAGGGUCUUAACACAAAAUGUGUAAUUACCCCAAAUUCAUCACAGCCUCUUAAAGACGGCGGGGGGGGGGGAGGCUUAAAAAAGGGUGUUUACGCUCUCUCUCUCUCUCUGUCUCUCUCUCUCUGUCUCUCUCUCUCUGUCUCUCUCUCUCCCUCCCUUCCUCCCUCCCUUCCUCAUGAUAGUUGACUCAAAAUAUGGCACAAUUAUUUACAAGAUCAUGGUAAAUGGUUUUACACAAAAGUGGCACAAUUCCUACAAGUUCAUGAUUUUUUUUUUUUUUUUUUUUUUUUUUUUUUUUUUUUUUUUUUUUUUUUUUUUGACAUUCAAUAUAUGAUGUCAUAUCACAUUAAUAGACUAUUCAACAGGGUUUUUUUUCAGUGUAGGCAAAAGGUGCAUUCGACGCCAGAUCCCUCCAUUAGUUACAGAACAACAGCGUUAUAGAGUUUCAUCCCCUUCACUGACUAUCAAGUUAUUAAAUCUUUUGUUCUUUUUAAACUGUUACAGUACACAGUAUCACUAAUCUAACUCUGAAGAAACAAAAGAAUGUGUAGAAACUAUCAUACAUGUUCAGGUUACACAAUAGCUUCUUGAACAUGGAACAUUUAGAAGUAAGAAGAGAGCAAGAUUGAACGGAUGCAUGGUAGUGGCCCUGGGUUGGUGGUCAUUACCCAUCCAUCAUGAGUGCAAACAUCGUGAUGGGUUGUGCCUGCAUUCACAUUGAGCCCGUCUACUGGGCUAACACGAGAUAACAUGCCAUUAAGUCGACGAGGCGGUUAAAUAAGUGUGCGUGGCCUCCACGAAGGCGGGCUGGUGAUUGAGUCGGAUGCUGUCAGUUAAUGAGCUCGGUGAUGUUGAUACCAAUGCACGGUUCGGGUAGAUGGUGUCAGUUAAUAAGUUCAGUGGAGAUGAUCGCAAUGCACUGUCGCGGUCUUGACUCUAUGGACCAAGUUAAAUCUGUAUAUUGUCAUGUUGAAGUCAGUGCAUGGCGAAAUGUCAAUAAUUACCAGGUCUGUGUUACCAGAGUGGGAGCACUAGAUCAGGAUUGGGGCACCAGCCAGGAUUGGGCCACUACGUUAGGAUUGGGCCCCUGGGUUAGGAUCGGGCCACUAGACCAGGAUUAGGGCCGUAAGCCAGGUUUUGGCCACUUGGUUAGGAUUAGGCCACUAGGUUAGGAUUGGGCCUCUAGGUUAGGAUUGAGCUACUUAAGACGAAAAUCAAAAUACUCUGAUUAUCAUUAUUUUUUUAAAAUACGUAUGUAGCAGUUGAACUCAUUUGUCUGUCUAUUCUUUAUACGAAAUGGGGAAACAUAGUGUUUCUUCUUAUCCUUGAUGGGCAACGGUCCUUGUAUUUAUUAGAGUCCGUAAGUGUCCAAUGAGCUGAACAUUAAUUUAGCUUCCCGCCAUUGUCCUAUGUGUCACCAAUAGUUGAAUGUACUCUGAAGUCGUUGCUUCUAUUUCCAGGUUGCCAUCAAGUACAUCAAGAAAACCAAGAUCCAAGAUGAGAAUGACCUGGUCAGGAUACGGCGGGAGAUCCAAAUUCUGUCCAGUCUACGUCACAAGCACAUCGUCAAUAUACGAGAAG